GUUCCUAGAACCGUCGGUUUACCGAACUGUCCCGUGCAUAUAUUCGGGCCAGCCAACCCCUGGCCUGAAAUGGAUCCUCGAUCCUGGAUCCGGCCAUGUAUAAUUAUUUUGGUAGUAGGCACAGCAUUAUUCUCAUCGUAUCCCCGCAUAAAAGCCCACAAUAAAACCCUAUUCACUUUGCCAAUUCUGAAACAAAUUCAGACCUUUUUCUUUUUAUACUUAUAACAGUUUUCCUGCCAAUUAAUCGUUACACUAUUUCCACUUUGCAUUCCUGUCCCGAGAAUUAGGCGCCGUUGGGAUGACGUCACUAUCGGAGCUCAAUGACGACAUACUUCGUAGCAUGGCCGUCGGUGCUGUUUUCUCAGAUUUCGGAGGGAAAAUCAAUUCUUUAGAUUUCCACCGGACAGCGGAUUUGUUGGUGACAUCAAGCGAUGAUGAUUCAGUGCGGCUAUAUGACAUUGCUUCUGCUAAAUUGCUGAAGACGACAUAUCAUAAAAAACAUGGGGCCGACAGGAUAUGUUUCACUCACCACCCAAGUUCCAUAAUUUGCUCUUCGAAAAACUCGGACUCUAAUGAAGAAUCUUUGAGGUAUCUGUCAAUGUUUGAUAAUAGGUGCCUUCGAUACUUCAAGGGGCACAAAGAGAGGGUAGUAUCCCUGUGCAUGUCUCCAGUCAAUGAUGGCUUCAUGUCUGGUUCUCUAGACCACAGUGUUCGAAUGUGGGAUCUUCGUGUAAAUGCCUGUCAGGGAAUUUUACAUCUGAGAGGUAGACCUACUGUUGCUUAUGAUCAACAAGGCUUGGUUUUUGCAGUGGCUAUGGAAGGAGGUGCAAUUAAACUAUUUGAUUCCAGAUCGUAUGACAAGGGCCCGUUUGAUACUUUUCUAGUUGGUGGUGAUACAGCUGAGGUGUGUGAUAUUAAGUUCAGCAAUGACGGUAAAUCAAUGCUUCUAACGACAACGAAUAACCAUGUAUAUGUCCUUGAUGCUUACCAUGGAGAGAAGAAGUGUGGAUUUACUAUGGAUUCUUCCCCAAAUGCAACCAUAGAGGCGACUUUCACCCCUGAUGGCCAAUAUGUGCUCUCUGGUUCGGGUGAUGGAUAUAUACAUACAUGGAACAUCAACGAUGAGCCAAACAAGGUGGCAUCGUUGGAGAGCUACAUAGGUGUCCCGUCAUGCCUAAGGUGGGCCCCACGCAGAGUGAUGUUCGCUGCUGCUUCUUCCUCUGUUCUUACCUUUUGGAUCCCCAACGAUGGAUCCCCUGCCUCCUGAUAAUCCUCUAAUUUACCGCAUUAAGUUCACUUUUAUUUUACAAACGUCUAUGUGAAAUUCACUGAAAUACUUUGCAUGCCUCGACUUGGCCCUUUGCGUUAUCAGUAUCGUAGUGAUUGUUCACAAGUUUGUUGCCUCAAACAAUCAUGGUUACUUGCAAUUUUUUGGAAUAGCGAUUGCAUUAUCUUUAGGUGAAGAAUAGUUUAAAUUAUCCUGAGUAUUGGAAAGAAUAGUUUUAUGUUCAGGUGAAGAAUAGUUUUAACUAUCCGAGUAUUGGUAAGAAUCGUUUUUAAUAUCCGUCUACUGGAAG